AUGUUAGCGGCAGAACAGGAAAACGCUCAGCUCAGAGAGGAACUGGUUAACCUCAAGGGGGAGAUGGAAAGAAUGGCACUUAUGAUGGAAACUAUGAUGGCUGAGAGAGAGCAAGCAGCAAUCUCCAAUUUAACUCCUGUUGUGGUCGUCACAGCUGCACCUGAGGGUCCCCCGCAACCAUCUCCGACUACUACUACAACUAUCGGUCUCACCCAGCCUCUGAUGACUGAUUUUUCUUCCGGUAAUAUGGCAACUAUGGGCAACUCAGGCUUCCGUCCUCUUGGCCCCCAGGGUCCCUUUGCUACUCCUCAGUUUUCCAUGCCUUCAGGCUACCCUUGGGGCAUGCCGAUUGCAACCAACGGGGGUUUUGGUCCAGGCGCUAUUGAAAUGCCUGUCACACAGGGUCAACAGACUUCGGCACAUUUCCAGAUGAGUCAACCGAUUCCUCAAGCUACCAUGACUCAAGCAGGUCCUACUGUGCAUAUUGGGCCACAACAUGAAGAGCAGAUUUAUCACUCCGACAGUAUAAUGGGGGAUGAUAAAGCAAUCGAUUGGGAAGAAAGGUUCGGUGCUCUAGAGAAGAAGAUGAGUAAUAUGCGGGGGAAAGAAACAGUCGUCCAAAGCAUAUAUGACCUUUGCUUAGUACCAGAUGUAAACAUACCUCCAAAGUUCAAGAUGCCUGUAUUUGAGAAGUAUCAAGGGGACACAUGUCCACAAAAUCAUCUAACUAUGUAUAUUAGGAAGAUGAUAGCUUACAAGAAUAAUGUUCCCUUACUCAUUCACUGCUUCCAGGAUAGUUUGACUGGUCCGGCACAUACCUGGUUCAUGGGGUUGAAAGGAGUCACUACUUUUGAACAGUUGGCUGAGGCCUUCAUGCAACAGUACAAAUAUAAUACCUAUCUGGCGCCAAGUCGCAAAGAGUUGCAGUCCUUAACCCAGAAAGAUAAAGAAUCGUUCAAAGAAUACGCACAACGCUUCAUUCAAAAAGCUGCUCAGAUUCGUCCUCCCUUGGAUGAGAGGGAACUUUCAGAAUUGUUCUAUGAAACCCUGAGCCCUUGUUAUUCAGAAAAGAUGAUUGUCUGUGCAUCACAGAAGUUCACUGAUUUGGUGGAAACAGGAAUGCGUAUCGAGGAGUGGGCUCGUAAGGGAGCAGCUGUUUCGGGAAGUUCUUCAGGUGGUUCUUCAGGGGUUUCGUCCAAUGGUAAUAAGAAAUUUGGGAAUGGUUACCCAAAGAGGAGUGCUCAAGAGGUUGGCAUGGUGGCUCAUGGAGGACCUCAGCCCGUGUACCCUAAUCACCCCUUUGUUGCCAACAUCACCCCACAAAUGACUGCGCCCCAGAACCCAAACUAUCAAUCACCCAGACCUCAAGGACCCGCACCAUACUACCCCCCAUUAUACCAACCACUAUACAACCUACAACAAUUCCCUCAACAACCAUAUUACUCCCAACAACCAUACCAACAAAGACCACAGCAACAACCCCGUCCUCAGGUUCCUCACAAUCAGCAGAAUCAAAGGCAACAAUUUGACCCCUUGCCAAUGACCUAUGGAGCAUUGCUCCCUUCUUUACUUGCACAGAAUCUGGUCCAAACAAUACCACCUCCUCGCAUUCCAGACCCUCUCCCACGCUGGUACCGUCCGGACCUUCAUUGUAUUUACCAUCAAGGGGCACCAGGCCACGAUGUGGAGCGUUGUUUUGCUCUUAAGAAAGAGGUUCAGAAACUGAUAAAUAGUAAAGAGUUAACCUUCACCGACCCUGAUGCUGUAGCUCAGAACAAUCCUCUGCCUACUCAUGGGCCUGCUGUUAAUAUGAUUCAAGACGAUUAG